CUGAACAGUUGAACACGGACUUUUUAUGUUUUGUGAAUUACAUGGCACAUUGGCCAUUGCUAACGCUAUAGUGUUGUUGCUGUAACUUCAUAAACACUAUUAUUUGUAUCUGUGUACUCUAAUUUAGAGGGGAAAACCUCGAUCACAAUGGGUACGUCGACGAGGUCGGACUCCCCUGCGGAGCGGCAAUCUUCUGAAAAUCAGCAAAAAUCGGCGUCUAAGAGGCCGGAGAGACGUGAGGACAAAGACGAGGAUCGGACAGAGCGACGAAGAAGGCACUCACGCAGCCCCGACCGCUCUCGUAAACACAGAAGAUCAAGGUCUCCGAGGCACAGAUCUCGGUCGAGGGGUAGACGAGGCAGAAAAAGAAGUCAGUCGGAUGACAAGGAAAAUGCAGAGAGCUCGAAAAGGAAGGAUAAAGCAAAGGAAGAGGUCAAGGAUCCUAAGGCUGCCGAAGAAGCAGCGAACAAGAAGGCCAUGAAAGACCUUCUCUCCAGGACUGGAGGUGCCUACAUUCCUCCAGCAAGGCUCCGUAUGAUGCAAGAGCAAAUUACUGACAAAAGUAGCAUGGCAUACCAGAGGCUGGCAUGGGAGGCAUUGAAGAAGUCUAUCACCGGUCUUGUCAACAAGGUCAACAUUGGAAAUCUGGGAAUCAUUGUGAGAGAGCUGUUCAAAGAAAAUGUUGUUCGUGGCAGAGGCCUGCUCACAAGGUGCAUCAUCCAAGCGCAAGUCUCCUCGCCCACCUUCACCCACAUCUAUGCUGCCCUUGUCUCAGUCAUCAACAGCAAGUUCCCGAAAAUAGGCGAACUUCUUUUAAAACGCUUGGUCAUCCAGUUCAGAAGAGGCUUUCGUAGGAAUGAUAAAACAUUGUGUAUUUCCUCUGUAAAAUUCAUUGCCCAUCUUGUGAAUCAAAGUGUGGCCCACGAAAUUCUAGCGUUGGAAAUUCUGACGUUGUUAGUUGAGAAUCCAACUGACGACUCAGUGGAAGUUGCCAUUGCUUUCCUGAAAGAAAGUGGAGACAAGUUGACUGAGGUCUCGUCCAAAGCACUUCAUUCAAUUUUUGAAAUGCUUCGUAAUAUUCUACAUGAAGGGAAACUUGACAAAAGGGUUCAAUACAUGAUUGAAGUCAUGUUCCAAGUGCGAAAAGAUGGCUUUAAGGACAACAAGGCUGUUGAAGAAGGUCUGGAUGUGGUGGAGGAGGAAGACCAAUAUACCCAUCUGAUCACUCUAGAUGAAGCGACUGAUCCACAGGAUGGUCUAAACGUGUUCAAAUUGGAUCCUGACUAUGAAGCUAAUGAAGAGAAAUAUGUGCAGCUCCGAAAAGAAUUGCUUGAUGAGUCUGACGAUAGUGGAUCUGGUGGAGAUGAGAGUGGUUCAGAAAGUGAGGACUCUGAAGAAGAGGGGGAAAAGGCAGAGGCGGCGCAGACAAUUAUUGACAACACUGAAACCAAUUUGGUUGCUCUUCGCAGAACAAUCUACCUAACCAUUACCUCUAGUCUUGACUUUGAGGAGUGCGCACACAAGCUGCUGAAAAUGACAUUAAAACCUGGUCAAGAAAAAGAGUUGUGCCACAUGUUCCUGGAUUGUUGCGCUCAGCAAAGAACUUACGAGAAAUUUUAUGGACUUUUGGCUCAGAGAUUCUGUCAAAUCAACAAAGUGUAUGUAGAGAACUUCCAGCAAAUUUAUAUGGACACUUACAGCACAGUGCACCGGCUCGAAACCAAAAUGCUACGGAACGUAGCUAAGUUCUUUGGACAUCUGCUGUUCACUGACGCUAUUUCUUGGGAGGUUCUUACUUGUGUACGCUUGACUGAAGAGGACACCAACAGCUCGUCUAGAAUUUUCAUCAAAAUUCUUUUCCAAGAGCUAGCGGAAUACAUGAGUUUGAAGAAGCUGAAUGAGCGAAUUAAGGAACCGCUUCUACAACCUGCAUUUGAAGGACUUUUCCCCAGGGAUGACCCACGCAACACAAGGUUUUCCAUCAAUUUCUUCACUUCCAUUGGCUUGGGAGGAUUAACGGAUGAAUUGCGUGAACAUUUGAAGGCAAUUCCUAAGCCUGCUCCAGCGCCCGUUGAAGUCUUAAGCAGCUCUAGCUCGAGCAGCUCUAGUGACUCCUCAGACUCGUCCUCUUCUUCAUCAAGCUCAGAUGAAUCCGAUGGACCCAGGAAAAGGAAGUCUGUCAAAAGUGACAAGUCCAAAGCUGAAGGCAAAUCUGACAGUUCAAGAAACAAAACAAGGGAGGAACGUGAGGAAAAGAAGGAGAAGAGGGUAAAGAGAGACCAGUCACAUCAUAACAGAGUCUCAGACUACAAAGGUGAGAAACACGAAUCUGCGAUGCGAAUGGACAAGGAAGAGAAGCGCGAUAAGGAUAAACGGAAAAGCCGCAAGGACGAGAAUCAGGAGAAGGGAGCCAGGGAUGACUAUGACCGGCACGCUGAGCUCAAAAGUAGGGAUCACCAUCAAGAGAAAAAGGCAAAGUCCAAGGAUAGUAAUAAACGCAAAGAAGUGAGUGAAAGUAACGGCAGUAGCGUCGAAGGAGAAAUGCGCAGUUCGAAAAGAGGCAAGCGUCAAAGCAGGAAGGAAAAAUGUGAAAGCGAUGUUAGCAGUGCCAAAGAAGGAAAAAUGAGAGCUAAGCGUCUUUCUAGGAGGGGUAAGCAUGAAAGCAAAGAUAGCAGUGACGAUGAAGACAAUCAGAGAGACAAACGAGACAAACAUCAGGCCAAAAAGGACAAACGUGCUAGGGACUCCAGUGAGGAAGAGGUUUUACCCAGAAAAUAUGAUCGGAAGGAGAGGAAGACGCGGGAGACUAAGGCCAUAGGCAAAUCUUCCAGGCCUGAGGAGAACUCAGAUGAGAGAAAUCAGCGGCGAAAAGAGAAACGGCAGCGGGAAAGCUCCAGUGAUGGCGAAGUCGCGCAGAAGAGACCUCGAGAGAACAAUAAUUCUAGGGAAGAGCGGCACAAGGAAGAUAAGAGAAUCAAGGAGGAGGUUUACAAGUCCCAAGUAGCUGAAUAUCGGCAGAAGAAAAUCUUGGGUGAUGAUCAUAGGAGGAAAAACUAUGAGGAAUCCGACAGGCGAAGGCGAGAGCCUGAGAACGAGCGUCCCAGAAAAGAGCGUGACGGUGAACGUCACCAGCGAGAUCCUGACAGACAUGAAUCUGAAGCCAACCGUCAAAGAAAAGAGGAAAGAGACGAGAACCUAAAGAGGUCUGAAAAGCACAGGCGAGAGCUCGAUGAAAUUAGGGAGAGGGUAGAAGGGCGGCAUCUUGAAGAGAAAAGAAGGUCUAGAGCUGAGGAGGAUAGGUCUCUGAGACAUCAGAGCAAUAAAAGAGAGGAAGAACAUAAGAAGCGGAAGUCUGAUUCCUCAAGUGAGGAUGAAGAAGUAGGGCGAGCCAAGCUGCUGAAGAUGAUGGAGGAACUAAAGAAGCAGGUAGAGGAGAAAAAGAAGAGAAAAGCAAGUACUGAGUCUUCUUCGUCCUCCACUUCAUCGUCCUCUUCCUCAUCGUCUUCUUCAUCUUCAUCGUCAGACGAAGAUCAGACUGUCGUUAAGAAGGGAAAAGAGUCGUCAUCAUCGUCGUCGUCCAGUAGCGAAGAUGAGAAAAAGAAAAAGAAGUUGCCAAAGCGCUCUGGAAAAGAGGAAACCAUUCGAAAAAGGGACAAGGAAUCGAUGAUUGAUGAGAGGAUUCGGGAGAAGGGUCGAAGGGAGGAACGGGUCGAGAGGAAGGAUGAUGACAGGCGUCGACGUCGUUAAACAUUUUCAAUUAAAAGUAUUUUUAAAACUAAUAAUAAAAUUUGUAUUAAACGCCCGCAA